AUGUUCUUUAGCCAACAGCCCGUCCACCUCGCUCGUGCGGACGAGUUGAGGCAAGAGCCUCCAAAGGGCUCGCCGUAUUCGGUGGCCCUUCCUGGGACUGAGAAGCCCGGACGGAGUAAGGUCUACCGUGCCUAUCUUGCACAAAAGGAACUCGUGAGGACAUUGGAUCCACAGGUUCUCACUGCGCAUGACCUCUUCGAGUCGACCGCAACCCGAGUUCCGAAAAAUCAUUGCCUGGGAUGGCGCCCGUACAACCCGACAACCAAGACCUUCGGCCCAUACCAGUGGCUAGAUUACCAGGCGGUUCAAAAGCGGCGGGCUGAUUUCGGUGCCGGGUUGGUGGAACUGCACCACAAACACAAUUGCCAUCGUCCUGGCCAGUACGGUAUCGGACUGUGGUGUCAGAAUCGCCCAGAAUGGCAAAUUACAGAUCUGGCAUGCAUGUCUCAGGGUUUGUAUUCCGUAUCAAUCUAUGAUGUUCUUGCCUCAGACGCAACCGAGUAUAUUAUAAACCACGCAGAGCUGCACUGUGUCGUUACCUCAUUGCCGCACAUCCCAACUUUGCUCAAGCUGAAGCCUCUCCUACCCAAUCUGAAAAUUAUCAUCAGCUUGGAUCCUCUUGAUGGAGGUGAACAAGCUGGCCACUCAAAGCGAUCCCUUUUGGAGUCAGUGGCAGCCGGACAAGACGUCUCGAUUUAUACGAUAGAUCAGGUUGAGGAACUGGGUGCCACUUCGAAUCGCCCGUACAACGCCCCUAAGCCUUCCGACAUCGUCACCAUUAACUAUACCUCCGGUACCACGGGCCCUCCGAAGGGUGUUGUGCUGACGCAUGAGAACGCCGUUGCAGCCACUGCGGGGGCCCUUGUUACUACCCAGCAGGCCGCUGGUGACACACUAGCGUCCUAUCUUCCGCUAGCUCACAUCUAUGCACGUUUGUCAGAGCAUGCAGCUUUCUGGGCGGGUGCCCGGAUCGGCUACUUCCAUGGGAAUAUCGUGGAGCUGGUCGAUGACCUUAAGUUGCUGAAGCCCACCGGGUUUAUGUCGGUUCCCCGUCUUUACAGUCGGUUUGGGAACGCCAUUCGUGCCUCAACUGUGGACCAGCCAGGUUUCAAGGGCGCGUUAUCGAGACAUGUCGUUUCGACUAAGACAGCGAACCUAAAGAAUCCUGAUCCCUCUAAGGCCACUGUUAAACAUGCCUUGUAUGACCGGAUAUGGUCCAAGAAGGUCGCCGCUGCCCUAGGCCUAGAACGUACGAGAAUGAUGGUCUCAGGCUCUGCGCCCCUCGAUCCUUCUCUCCACAACUUUCUCAGAGUUGCUACCGGUGCUGAUCUCGUCCAGGGUUACGGUUUGACUGAGACGUACGCCAUGGCGUGCGCCCAGUCUUCCAAAGAUCUGACCGCUGGCAACUGUGGACGCCUGGCACCCUGCACGGAAGCGUGCUUGGCGUCUCUUCCUGACAUGGAUUACUCUGUUGAGGAUAAACCCUAUCCCCGUGGUGAACUGCUUCUCCGAGGCACAAACGUUUUUAAGGAGUACUUCAAGAAUCCCGAAGAGACUAGCAAGGCCAUCACUGAAGAUGGAUGGUUCCGGACAGGCGAUGUCUGUACGAUAGAUGAAAUGGGCCGGAUCGUUAUCAUUGACCGCCGGAAAAACGUCCUGAAGCUAGCCCAGGGAGAGUACAUCUCACCAGAACGGUUGGAGGGCGUUUAUCUUUCCGAGCUGGGGUACUUUGCGCAGGGCUAUAUCCAUGGUGACAGCGUUCAGACAUUCUUGGUUGGGAUUUUCGGGGUCCAGCCUGAUGCAUUCGCUGCAUUCGCCAGCAAAGUGCUCGGCCGUUCCAUCAGUGAGACCGAUGUCGAAGGCAUCAGGUCUGUAUUGAAUGACGAUAAGAUUCGAAAGGCAGUGCUGAAGGACCUCGAGAGGGUUGCGAAGAAGCACAAGCUGGCAGGCUACGAGAGGGUCAAGAACUGCUCUUUGAUGCUUGAUCCGUUCACGGUUGAGAACAACCUGUUAACACCAACACUAAAGCUGAAGCGUCCCCCGGUGGUGAAGCAGUAUCGCCAGCUUCUGGAUGAGCUCUACGCCCAAGCUACGGCGGAAGAGUCGGCUCCCAAAGCCAAGCUAUAAACGUGUACUUUCAUCGUAUUUUCUUUCUCUAGAUAUUAUAUCAGCAGCAUAUAUGUAUUGGAGCAGUUGGCACGGGCAACUGACUCUGGGCGCUGUACAUACAACCCGAUUUAACUGUUCUUCCUGUGAAAUAUACAGCUUGUGACAUAGUGAUAAGGAUGUUGGCAUUCCGCUAGACUUGGG